AUGAAUUUAAGAUAAUAUGAAAUAUCUCUUAUUCCUAUCAAUCUCAAAGCUUUGUCUAGCUUUACAAACUGGAUUUGUGUAGGAUAAUUAAUAGAGGAAGCAAUGCUUGUAGGAUUAAUUGAGUAUCAUAUUAAAGUCAACUAAGUUUAGAUAAUCUAAUCAUAAUUAUUUGGGUCUAAUUAAUAGAAUUAGGCGAUGUAAAAAAUUAAUACCUUACUCAAUAAUUCUAAAAACAAACCCAAUAGAUUUAAAUCAUUUAUAGAGGAAGUCAAAAUUCAAGAUCCAUAUGGUAUAUGGUUUAAGGAUGCCAUUAAAUCAUACUUUCGAUAUAACUACAAAUCUUGUCCUUCAGAUUAGUUUAAGUUUUUAUGCGACACUUUUAAAGUCUAGUUUGUGGUAUUUGAAUAACCAAAUUCAAAUUCACAAUUAUUAUAUGGUAUUGAAACUAAUGGAGGAAUUAAUAAAAUCAUUUUAUACAAAUAUCACGAACAAUAUUACCUUAUCUUGACAAUAUUUGAAAAGAAAUGUCAUUUAUGCAAAACUAAAAUCAAAUUAAUUGAUAUAAAAUGCCAACAUUAAAUAUGUUUUAAUUGUAUUUAGAAGCAAUUUGAACAAUCAAAAUCAGUAUAAUAUAUUACAUGUAAUUUCCAAGGAUGUAGAGAAUUUAUAUUUAAAUCAUUCUAUUUGGAUCUCUAAAAAGAAUAUUAAAAAAGUNCAAAAGUUUAAUUCUUUUCAUAUUGUGUUGAUAUACCUCAAAAUUCAUUCGUUUAGAUUUGUGACUAUAAUUUCCAAUUAAAUGAUUUUCUUAUAAUUUCACCAUUUGUUUUAUAAAUAUUAAUUAAGAUAAUCAAUAAGUCUAAUUUAUUCUAGCUAUCAAUAGAGUAUAGAAAAUCUUUAUAAUUAUAUCCAAUUUAAGAUUAGCCUAAUUAAGUAAGCAAAUUGACUUUAUUACUAAUAGAUAUCCUUAAGAGUGUAUAUCAAUAAUUCAGUUAUUAUAUAAAAUUUCAGAAUCCUAUCAAAAAAUAGAUUUAACAACAAAUUAAGACUCAUUCUUUACUAACUCAAAAGAUUAUUAUUAUUUAUAUUCACAAAUCAAAUAAAUUAAAAGAAUUUUGA